AACUAUAAAUUCUUGAUUACAUCCUCAAAUUCCCAUUUUAUUGGUUUCUACUUUCCAUAAAAUCUGCCUAAAUUUAUUACAAUAUUCAUGUUUCUCAUAUCUGCCCUAUGUCAGCAAAUCCUCAUUUUUUAAUUGCCUGCCUUAUUAUGCUAACUCUUACCAAAUUCCCAAAACUUGAAUGCAUCAAACAAGGCAAGUUUCCAAAACCUUUGUUGUUUCUAAUUGCCUGGUUUAUUUAUUUAUAAACCAAAUGGUUUUUCUAGAGUUUGAUAAACCUACCCCGAAGUAAUCCAAAGAGCUUGAAAAAAGAGAAAAAAAAUGUCCAAAAAGCUUCAAAAAUCUCUCCAGGAUUACCUCUCCAAGAUCAAAAAACCCUCCCCAAAUACUCAGUUCCCUUCGAACCCAAUCUCUUCUUCCAAAAAAUGGAUCCUGAAAAGCUGCAAACAUCCGAAAACCCUUUCUUUUGUUUUCAAUCGUGACAGAAAUGAUCAUGGUCAUCACGAAACCAGUAACGACAAUAAUGAUUAUGCGGCGACGCUUUCUGAUGUUGAUCGUUUUCUCUUUGAGAAUUUCAAGUCGUUGUAUAUCAAAGACGGCGAAGAGAUUAAUGAAAGGAGAGGUAACGUUAGUUCAGAAGAUCAUGAAGAUGAUUGUAAUCAUCAAGCGAAAAGCCCUGGUGGGAUUUUGUUUGAAUCCCCAAGGUUUGUUGAUCCUCCGCCAGACCUUUGCGGGUCCAACAGGUUUUUCGUUGCUACAGGGUUGUCGAGUUCCCUAAUCGAGGAGGCACGUAGCAGUGUCGUGACUAACACGACCAUGUCAAUGUCAGAGGACAUGGGCUCGACCUCGACCUCCACUUCGACCAACAACACUACUGCUAAUGAUUCCAACAGCUAUGGCGGCCAUGGCGAUCAUGUCAAGUCUCCAAGCAUUCAUAACGAGUGCAUUGCGGUGAUAAAGUGUUCUCCAAGCCCGUACGAUGAUUUCAAACGUUCCAUGCAAGACAUGGUGGAAGCAAGGCUUAAACACCAUUUGACAGUCGAUUGGGAUUUCAUGGAAGAGCUGUUGUUUUGUUACUUGAACUUGAACGACAAGAAGUCUUACAAGUACGUCUUAAGUGCGUUCGUCGAUCUGAUCGUGGAUUUGCGUCAAAACGACAGGAAGAUUCCAGCGAGGUCUGGAAAUUCCAAGGUCAAUGCAAGAGAUGAAAGAUCAAGGAGAACGAGGCACAAUGUAACGUAAGGAUUUGGCAAUUGUGGGGUUUUAAAUAGGGAAAAAAAAUAAGAAGGGGAUGAUGAGCUGUUAUUUAGGUUGAUCAAGAAAUGUAGAUACAAGUAACUAUUUUUUUGAUUAAUUUACAUA